AUGGGUAGAAUUGAAAUACAGGAGAAUAUUGAAGAUAUUCCCGAAAUAUGUAGUGAAAUGGAGGAGGAAUCACUAAGUAGUGAUCACAGUGAUGAGGAAACUAGUAGUGACGAGAGUGAUGAGGAGGUAAUCGAGAUGGGUGCUACUACUUAUAAUAUUGAACUGUGUAGUGUGAGUACACAGAUGGAGCAUAAUUUGCAAGGAGAGUGUUUCAAAGGAAAUAAUUCAAAGAGUGGCCAGAAAGGUAACAGCUUGGUAGACAUGGGUAAUGAAAUCAAUAGUGUAGAGGGGCAAGUAUUUAAGGGUAAAUGUGAUAUGGUGAUAGUAGGUGAACCUAGUCCAGAACAUGAGAGGUUAUAUGCUACGCUGGCGUUCCUGACGAGCGGGCUCUUCAUCGGCUUCAGCUCGCCGAUGAUCCCGCGGCUGCAGCAGAACACGUCGCACAUCGUCAUCUCGGCGGACGAGGGCUCGUGGAUGGCGUCGGUGGGCAUGAUCACCACCGUCCCGCCCUCGCUGGUGUCCGCCUGGCUGGUCGACGUGGUCGGCCGGCGACCCAUCGUGCUGAGCUGCGCGCUGCCCCUCCUGGGCUCCGCACUCUGGCUGCGCUUCGCCUCCUCCUUCUGGGAGCUGCUCACCGCCGUCAUCAUCGCCAACCUCGCCAUCGGCUUCAUCAUGCCGGUGAUUCCGUUGUACUUAGUGGAGAUAGCGGAGGACCGCGUCAGAGGAAUGCUGAUCACGCUCUUCACACUGAUGGGCGGAACAGGCUCGUUCCUGAUGAUGAUCGUAGGCUCCUACCUGCCUUACUUCGCGGUGACCGAGUUCAUCAUGCCGUGGCCCGUCGUAUUCGUGGCGAUAUUCUGGUGGAUGCCGGAGAGCCCUUACUUUCUGGUUGCCAAGCACCGAACAGAGGCGGCGAAGACGGCGGUGAUGAGGCUGCGCGGGAAGAAGUCGGAGAAGGACGUGAGCGCCGAGCUGGACACCAUCCAGAAGGCCGUCGACGAUCGUAGCAAGAACGAGAUCAGCGUCGCAGACGCCUUCCGAGCCCUGCGGAGAGACCCCGGGGCGCGCCGUGCUGUGGCGGUGACGUUGACGUUCACGGUACUGCUGGCGCUGAACGGCAGUGCGGCCAUUAGCGCGUACUCGACGCAGAUCUUCCUGACGAGCGGCAGCACGCUGGACGCGAGCGUCUCGGCCAUCGUGCUGCUGAGCGUGCAGCUGUUUUUCUCGAUCGUGGCGACGCUGCUGGUGGACCGCGCCGGCCGCCGGCCCAUGCUGGUCUUCUCGUUCGCGGGCUGCACCAUCGCCAUGGCUGUGAUCGGCGUCUACUUUUACCUGACCGAGUACGGCUCCCAGGAGGUGGUCAACAGCCUCUUCUGGCUGCCACUCACGACGCUGCUCUUGUACUACAUAUCCUUUAACGUCGGAGCGAAUGCACUGCUGUGGGUGUUGACCAACGAGCUGGUGCCCUCGUCGGUGCGCGGACUGUGCAACUCCACAUUCAGCGUCCUAAACUCCGUGCUGACGUUCAGCAUCACCAAGCUGUUCCAGGUGGUCGGCGACUCGCUCGGAUCGUUCGUGCCGUUUUGGUUUUUCUCGGUCUUCUGCCUGCUGGGACUCAUCUUCACCUGGUUCUUCAUCCCUGAGACCAAGGGCCGUUCUCUGGAAGACAUAAAGGAGGAGAUGGAUACUAAAGCGGCUGGCACCAAAGAGUCUGCAGAAAAGGCUUAA